GCCCCGAGGUAGAGAGAGAAAAUCCUGGGGGAGCUCGAGCAAUCCGCCGUCCGUGUCGUCGUCGUCGGCGUCGGCGAGGUCGUCGUCUCCGGCAGGGGGUGGGGGAGCCAGGUCGAGGCGAGGCGGGGGGAGCCCGGAAUCAGGAAGAUGACUCGCGGCAACCAGAGGGACCGCGACCGCGAGCGCGCGCAGGCGCGGAAGCCCAACGCCAAGGGCCCCCAGGACGGGCUCACCCCGGAGCAGCGCCGCGAGAGGGAUAAGAAGGCGCUGGAGGAGAAGGCCGCGAAGAAGGCGGCGCAGGCCGCGGGCGGCGGGACCUCCACGGACAACAAGAAUAAGGCCGGCGGCGCAAAGAAGUAACCGGCACCGGCGACACGUCUGUACGAUUAGUAAUGCCUUAUAAGCUUUGUACCUCAUGCAUCUGCGUAUCCGUGUGCCUUAACUCUUGUUACUCUGUCUCGUUAGAUGCGGUAUUUGUUGGGUCAUAAAUCUGUCUCAUUAGAUGCGGUAUUUGUUGGGUCAUAAAUCUGUCAUCUGUAAGCUUCAAAUACUGAAUAUGAUGAUAAUAAUAUGCGUGUUCUGGUGGUUUUCUGGGUUGUCGCA